AUGUCAAAAAGGGCUACUAUUGCAGUUGAAAGUAAUGAGUUGAAGAAACUCAAAGAUGCGAACUCUUUAUUAGAUUCUAAUUAUAACGGAUUCAAGGUUUUGGAAGAUGGAAUUGAACUUGAUACCAUACCAAUUCCUAAAACCCCAACUGAAAUAAGACAGUUCUAUAAUGAAUAUGUCAAGAAGAGAAAACCCUGCAGGUUUUCAGAAAGAGUUGACAGUUUUGAUUGGGAUUUGUUAAAGCCAGAAAACAUCAAGAAUUUACUUGAUAACACCACACUUCAGAUCGAAAAGAAGACCGAUGGUGGUUUUGGUUCAGGUAGCAAGAGACUUGCAAUGGACUUUUAUGAUUUUCUUGAUUCUUUGGCCGCUGGAAAUUAUGAUCUAUAUUUGACAACCCAGUACGCUGAGCAUGAGGUGAUUGAUAAAUGCCCGAAGAAUCAAAAUACUGAUGAGGGUAGUGAAGAAGAAAUUGAAGGAGAAGAAGAAGAUGAUGAUGAGGAGGAAGAGACUGGAGUGUAUGCGUUUCCCGAUAAUGCUUCCGACGUUAGUUCUACAGACUCCAUAAAUUUCAAUGAUCUUCAUGAUGAUUUUGAAGAAAUGGAAGAAGAAGAUGAAGGUUUUGAAGAUCUUUCCUAUUUAGUUAAAGAGCUUUAUCAACCACCUUUGGAUACUUUGAUUAGCAGUAUACCUGAACAAUUGCCAUUCCUGAAAUUAAUUCCUCAGCAAAUCAACCUUUGGAUAGGUGCGGCCAAAGAACAAGAGGAUAAUCAAGCAUUUUUAAAAGAUUUCGAUCCCGAUGACAAGAAGUUAGGGCUUGGCAGAAACGUACCUGGUGGUGGGUCUUCCUCAGGGCUUCAUCAUGAUCAUGCAGACAACAUUUACAUACCUAUAAAGGGUCACAAAAGAUUUACGCUUUUUGCUCCUUCAGAUGUUUCAAAAAUGUACACUGUGGGUGACGUCGAUGAGUUAUAUGAUACCGGAAUCAUAAACUACAAAAGAAAUGAAAAGUCCCCUCAAUGGAACAAACUAAGGCGCGAUGGUGCGAUCGAGACUCUCUAUGCAGAACACAGGCUAGAAGAUCCUAAUAUCUCAGAAGAGGAAAGAAAGAUUAUGGAGAAUAUCCUAAACGACGACAACGCAAAUCAAAAAGAUUUGUCGUCUUCGGAAAAUGUAAAUCAUUUAGAUCCGCCAUCAUUUUCUACAAUUCCACCUACUGUGGUUCAUUUAGAUAAGGUAGUUGAUGAAGUUACUAGAAAGAAUAUUGAAAAGGUUUCAAGAAAGAAGUGGCCAGAAUUUUUUAACGCCCAUAGAAUUACCGUAGAUUUAAAACCUGGGGAAAUGUUGUAUUUACCUACUGGUUGGUUCCAUGAAGUUACAUCAUUCGGAUUUAGAGAACCUUCGGAGGAUUCAAGCGAUAUACAUGUUGCAGUAAACUACUGGUUAAUGCCUCCAACCGGAGAUUCUAUUGAAUCCAUGUAUUCGGAUGACUAUUGGCAAACCUAUUUCCAAAGUGUGUCUAACGCUUUAAAGGAGGCCAGAAGGGGAGCCCACUAG